AUAAUUAACUACUGGAGACAGAUAAGGCAGAAAUGGAGAAAGAUAUAGUGAGUGCGGAGGGAACAAAAAAGAAACACCAGAUACAGAGAAGUUUAAUCAGCAAGGAAAGAGGACGUUGACUCAGCAGAAGCAGUUUGAGGGGAAAAAGAGGAAGAGGAAAGCCCUGACACUGUGUGUGUGGCGAGUGUAUGCUCUUAUUUGUUUCUCUCUUGUAGUGGUUAAAUGUACUCCACGGAGGACUCACAGGUGGCCAGGACCAUAGAGCUGAAUGAUGGUACUAGAAUGCCAGUUUUAGGCCUGGGAACAUGGAAGUCCUACCAUCUUCCCCGCACCUCAGUCCAAGGAGCUGUUGAGGCCGCCAUUGCUGCUGGCUACCGCCACAUAGAUACAGCUUACAACUAUGGCAAUGAGGUUGAAAUUGGAAAGGCUCUGCGCUCUAAGAUGCAGCAGGGCAUCAUCAAACGAGAGGACAUGUUCAUCGUUAGUAAGCUGUGGCUUACUCAUUAUGCCCAAGAGGACAUCCCUGUGUGCUUGAAUAAGUCAUUGAAUGAUCUAAAGCUGGAUUACCUGGAUCUUUACCUGAUACAUUUCCCCGUUGGAUUCAAGAAAAUGGGUGAUGAGCUUUUUCCGAAGAAGGAUGGACAGAUGCUAACCUCUGAUAUAGACUAUGUAGAUGUUUGGAGGGGGAUGGAAGCCCUGCUGGCCUCAGGGAAAGUGAAGAGCAUUGGUGUGUCCAACUUCAACAUCUUGCAGCUGGAGAGACUUCUAGCUCUGUGCAGGGUGCCUCCUGUCGUCAAUCAGGUGGAGCUUCAUCCCUACCUGGUGCAGACUGAAUUAAUAGAGUUCUGUAAAUCCAGGAACAUUGCCCUGACUGCCUACAGCCCCUUUGGCUCGCCUGCGAGACCCCCAGAGUUAUUCAGAGGAGAAGCUGAUCCACAAAAGCUCCUGGACGAUCCGGUCAUAGCAGAAAUAGCCAAAAAUCACAGACGCAGCCCAGCACAGGUGUUGCUGAGGUACCACGUGCAGCAGGGUAUUUCAGUCAUCCCAAAGAGUGACAGGCCUCAUCACAUCCUUGAAAACACAAAGGUUUUUGAUUUUCAUCUGACUGAAGAAAAUAUGAGAGCACUGAGAGGAUUAGACCGAGGGUGGAGAGCUGUCACACUUUCAGAAGUUAGUUCUCAUCCAUACUAUCCCUUUGAUGAGGUAUCCAGCAGCAUCAAGACCUAAUAAGACUUUAAAACAGCUCAUCAACCAAAGCCAUAUCAAUCAACACUACUGAGACCAGCGUCAUGUUGAUCAGCCUACAGUAUCACACACACUGUGUACGACUUCAUCAGUGACUUGUUAACCUUUAAUGAUGGAAUCUGAUCGGGGAGACCAAUUGGAAACAAUUGAGUGUGAACAACAUAAAUCAGUAUCAUGUUUUUUUUUCACUGUAAUUAAUAAAAUACUUUGUCUAAGCAAUAUUUCA